AUGACUAACCGUCAUGACUUAAUAUUUGGUGAUAGUGUAUGCAGAUUUUCUAAAAGUCCCCAGAAUAUUUUAAUAAUUAAAAGACCGAAAUCUCCAAAUGCAACAUCUUUAGCUAUUGAAUUAGGGGAAUUUCUAUUCACAGUAUAUAAUGCAAUAUUAUAUUGUGAAGAGGAUGCUUUGGAUGAUUUGAAUAAAUAUAACUCCAGUUUUAAGUUUAUUUCAAUAACAGGGAUUAAAGAAGAUUUGGGUGAAGUUAUUGAUUUAGCAAUUUGCCUAGGAGGAGAUGGGACCUUAUUAUGGCUUUCUCACUUAUUCCAAACUUCUGUACCACCAGUAGUUAGUAUCGCAAUGGGAUCACUUGGAUAUAUGGCAUUGUUUCAUUAUACUAGAGCACAUGAUAUAAUUGAUCGUAUUAUGAAAAAAAGGACAUUUGCAGUCACUUUAAGAUCAAGACUUAGUUUGUACGCUUUGCUUGAAGAUGGAAAUAUUAACCACACUUCUUGUUUAAAUGAGUGUGUAUUUGAAAGAGGGAAUAGACACUGUUUAGUAUCAUUAGAUGUAUAUUGCUCUGGGUGCUACUUUACAAGAGUUUUUGCAGAUGGUCUUAUAUUGGCUACUCCUUCUGGCUCUACAGCUUAUUCUAUGUCUGCAGGAGGAAGUAUUGUACAUCCGAAAGUUCCAGGUAUACUCUUUACUCCAAUAUGUCCACAUACACUUUCGUUUAGGCCAGUUAUAUUACCAGAAUCUACUGAAUUACUUAUCCAUGUCCCAAAUAAUUCUAGAAAUGGUGUUCAGGUAGCUGCUGAUGGAAGAAGUGUUGUUGAACUUAAGACUGGAGAAUUUGCAGCAAUUAAGAUGUGUCCAUAUCCAUUACCCUUGGUCUUAUGCCCUCAAUUGUAUGAGCUACCAGCUAAAAAUAUGGAAUUUAAUUCUGAAACAAAAACUCGUAGAAGAUCUGUUGGUGAAGUUCCAAUUAGAAUAAUAAAUUCAAAAAGUGUUUCAAAUGAACUACUAAAUAAUUCCUAUAUAAAUAAACAGUUAGAAUUUGAUAAAUCGUUAUAUUACCCUAUAAAUGAAAAAAUUCCACCCUUAACUUUCGUUUGUCCAGUUUGUUGGAAAGAUUAUGAUUGUAUGUGCGGAUUAUCAGGAGUAAAUACGGUUUAUAUUGAAGGAAGUCAAACUUAUUAUAAAAGAGAUUACUGGCUAGAUUCACUAAAAAUAUCUUUAGAUUGGAAUUCCCAAAGAACAGUUCAAGCACCUAUGGAUUUGACAAGUGUUCAUUCGAAUAGUAAAACUUCAAAUUCUUAUGAACAAAAAAUAACAAAGUUUCACUCAUAUAAUUUUAAUUUUCCAUGCAAGGCUUUUUCGAAAUUAGAUAUAUCAGAAGAACAAAUGAUUCCCCAACAUGCUGCUUGUUUUUUAAGAAAGAUUAGGCAACUUAGCCAUUUAAAUAUUGAUGAUCAUUAUGGAAACUAUAUUGUAGAUCAUAAAGUAAGCUGCAUAAAUCCAUCUAAAAGUAGUUUCAAUGAAUAUAAUUGUGAUUAUAAGUCAUUCUGCAAAACUCAGACUGAUAAGUCAGUUCCAUUUUUAUCUACUAACACUGAAAAUAACUCGCAGUAUAGGAAAAGUAUUUCAAAAAAUAGAACUCCAUUUUUUACUCCAGUAAAAAUACCAGGUGUGAUUAUUUUGGAUAGAAAAGUGGAUGAAUAA